UAUCCAUAGUUGUCAAGGAAUAUGGCUGAAGUAAAUGUGUGAAAAAAUAAUUCAUAAUUGUCUAGAAACUGCUAUCUUUCUAAUUGUAAAGCAGAUUACCCGUUUUUAUUUUGUUUUAGUGUAAACUGUGUGUGUUAAUGUUAAUUAUUUUCAUUUGAUAUUUGAAAGGCCACCAUGGCAUAUUCCUGCCCGCGCGAUCUGGAUGGGUUUGCAGCCCAUUUGGGCAAACAAGAUGCCAGAUCGAGGCAGCAAAUUGGUCAGGAUCUUUUGAACUUCUUAGCUGAACCAGCCAAUCCGAUUACAUGUCAGGAUAUUGGUGCAUUCGUAGACGGACUUAUUCCAUGGAUGCAAAGCAGCAACUUUAAGGUCGCCAGCAUCGGAAUAGAAGUUUUGACUUAUUUGGCCGAUAGGUUAGGAACCGACUUUAGACCGUAUUUGCAGACGGUACUGCCAAACAUAGUUGAUAGAUUGGGAGAUGCCAAAGACACGGUGCGUGAAAAGUCGCAACUACUUAUAUUGAAGUUGCUCGAAAGGAACGUUUUAACGCCCCAAACCCUUUUCGAAAAAUUACAACCCGGAUUUACUCACAAAAAUUCCAAAAUUCGUGAGGAAGUUUUGAGAUGUUUAGUCAAUACGUUAAACGAGCACGGAGCACAUUCGCUGACGUUAAACAAGUUCAUUCCAGAUGUAGUAAAACUGUUGUCGGAUCCGACAGCAUCCGUCCGAGAAACAGCAUUUAAUACUUUAGUCGAUUUGUACAAACAUGUAGGCGAAAAGUUAAGGGCUGAUCUGGAAAGGCGCAACUUGGUACCACAGAGUAAACGGCAAUUGUUAGCGGCCAGAUUUGACGAGGCCAAAAAUAGCGGCAAGCUUUUACCAACCGCGUCGAAGUGUAUCGAAUUACCAUUUGAUGAAGUUGACAGAACGCCAGUGACUCGACUUCAGACUCCACUUAAAAAAACUAUGAGCGCUAGUGGAUUCAAACCUAAAUCGGCACCGGUUAAUCCCAAUUCAGUUCUAAGCCGAGCCGCUUCUCUCCGAAAACUUACCGUUUCAUCAGCAUCCGGUGCCGUCGAUGAAGAAUUGUUCAUUAAGUCAUUUGAAGAUGUACCGAGUAUACAAAUCUUUUCGCAUAAAGAGGUCACGGAACAGUUGAAAGUUAUUCAAGAUACUAUAGCGGAUGCCAAUAAAGACUGGAAUAAAAGGGUAGACGCACUGAAAAAAAUUCGUUCUUUAGUCCUAGCUGGAGCUGUAAAUUACGAGGAAUUUUACGUUGCUCUUAAGAAUUUGGAUCUAGCGUUGCAAGGAUCACUUAAAGAUCUGCGAUCGCAGGUAGUGAGAGAGACUUGCAUUACAAUAGCUUAUCUAUCUCAAACGUUGGGCAAUAAAUUUGAAAAAACCGCAGAACUGUGCCUGCAACCUUUGAUUAAUCUAAUACAAAAUUCGGCAAAGAUCAUGGCCACAUCAGGUGUCGUAGCUCUUAAGUUUAUUAUUCAUAAUAUUCACAGUGCCAGACUGAUACCUAUUAUCACAAAUAACGCGAUGAAUUCAAAAAGUAAGGAUAUACGUAGAUCAUGCUGCGAAUUUGUUGAACAAAUGCUCACGACUUGGCCCACUCAUCCUUUGGAGAAGCAUAUCCUCCUGCUGCAAGAUACCGUCAAAAAAGGGAUAGCCGAUGCCGAUCCAGAGGCUCGAGUGUCCUCUAGAAGGGCAUUUCGCGGAUUCCGUGAUCAUUUUCCCGAUCAAGCGGAAGUUUUGCUCCAGUCGUUGGAACCCAGUUACAGGCGUGCGUUGCAAACCGACGGGAUGUCCGCCAGUUCAUCAAAUAACAAUCUUUGUUCCUUCAAACCUCCUAGACAGUUUGGCCGGACAACACCUCAAAGUACUUCAGGUAGCAUUGAAAAUUUGGCUAUUGCGAGUUGUGGCCUCCAGAGGGCACCGUCUUUGCCAAGGAGCUAUAGACAACGUAGCGGUAUACCAGUAUUAUCAAGAGAAAGUGCUAAUGGCCCAAGGAAAGGGUUUAGGAGUAAUUCAGCGAUUGACUUGCAAGCAGCACAGAGAGCGAAAGCAAGAGCCCAGUAUUCGGCAAUGGCGAGAAACAAAAUUCAAUCAGGCACAGCUAGCCUCCAGGGGGAGGUAGCCCAACAAGCUCGACCACGAAAAGCGGCGGAGACAUUGACCACUUCGUCCCCGGAAAGGGUUAGCAGAACAAGAAACCGAAGUUCCCAAUCACAGCCUACGAGUAGAUCCGGUUCCCCGAGUUCGCGUUUGGCUUACUUGUACCACAGGUCCGAGCAUGAUGCUGUCAGAUCAAGAAGGUUACCAUCUGGCAUCCCUAGGUCGACAACUGGAUCAAGAGACACUUCAAGAGAAACGAGCCCCAAUAGAGGCUCUAGUCUAAGUAGGUUCAGAAGAGCCAGCGAUCAUCGACCCCCCAUGAGUCCUGCCUCUCGGCCCGUGUUAGCACAAAAAAUCCUGCAGCAAAGCAGGGAAGCGGAAAAUGCACUGGCCGACGUUUUAAUUGAUAGCGGCGACGGCCACUUUAGAAGUCCAAGAAAAACAAUUAGAUCUUUAGAUAAUCACUCUGAUGAGUCUGAAACUUCCAGUGUUUGUUCCGAAAGAUCUUUUGACUCAUUCAAGAGGCCCUCAGACUCGUAUUCAUGGAGUGGUUCGCAACAAAGGUUGGCCAGCAGAGAUAUGUGGGAACCCUGCACAGACAUUAAUGAGAUAAUAGCUCUCUGCGCGAGCACGAAUUGGCAAGAACGACGUGACGGUUUACUUUCCCUUCAGUGCUAUCUCACUCAAGAGAUUAAAUUAACAAACGGAGAGCUUAAACAUUUGACGGAAAUCUUCACGAAAAUGUUUAUGGAUUCCCACACCAAGGGUUGGGCAGUGUUCCUAGAUACGUUGCACGAAAUCAUCAAAAUGCAUAAAGACGACUUGGGUUACUGGCUUUACGUUUUACUCCAGAGGGUGUUUUUAAAAGUCGGUGCCGAAAAUUUAAGUUCCGUGCAGAAUAAACUGAUGAACACCCUCGAAUUAAUACGUUGUAGUUUUCCCAUUCACUCUCUCAUAACGAACGUGUAUCGGUUUUUGUUGGACGCCACUCAGACGCCGAAUACCAAAACGAAAGUGGUGGUUUUAAAUUUUUUAACGUCGCUUUGCGGUCACCAUGACGCUGCCCAAGCUAUAUCGACCUCGCACAACUCGCUCAGCGCCCUCCAAAAAAUUGUCGCGCUGUCUCAAGAUUCCAAGUCGCCGGACAUCAGGCAAGCGGCCAAAAUGUGUUUCGUCACUCUAUGGAAUUGCAACACUCCGCAGGUCACAUUAAUGAUGGGCGAACUGACAAAAGAGCAGCAGGAUAUCGCCUCAAAUAUUGUACAUAAUCAUAUGAGAAGAACUUCAACGGGUAGCGAUCCUAGCAGUCCCAUGGUGUCUAGUAGUCCGAAACCAUUGUCCCCCGGUAUAACACCAUUUGGAGAUCAAGAAGAUGUUUAUAAGAGCCUUCGACGUACAACAGCCGAAAUACAAAAUUAUAGCUUUGAGACAUUAGGUCCUAAAUUAGAUAGAGAUAGGGAUACAACUUCUCAAGACUCAGGUAUUUCUCAAAUGUCCAUAGGUAAUGAUAUGAGGAAUGACUUUGCUAUUAUAGAAGAGAAAAUGGAUGAGCUUAGUAUUAGGCAUUUUAAUGUAAGAUCUGGUCCUAGAUCUUUACCAUAUACUAGUGUCAAUGGUGUUAUGGAGACUGAUUCAAAUGGAUGUAGGAGUUUAGGAGAAAUAAAAGACUAUGAUUCAUUAGUGACGGACGUGAUAGAGAAAUGCUCAGACCACAGAACGCCGGUGGUAGAAAAGAGAAAACUGUUAUUGCAGGUCCUUGACCUUAUCGAGCGUGGUAAAAUCGAAAGCGUCAUUGCGAAUUUCAAAAAAUUGCUGCGUAUCUCGAUGGACCAGCUCAGUUCAACUGACGCCGUUAUUUUGGUAACGGUAUUAAAAAUACUCGCCGCCAUCUUUAGCAAUCCGGACAUGAAGCAUGGCUGGGAAAACUUUGUCGAACUUAUCACUUUGAAGGUGUUACAGGUCCACAGCGAUGAAAGAAGAGAAGUUGUGAAAGAAGCGGAAGCUACUGCAUCGGCAAUGGCCGUAUGCCCCUUCGAUACAGUGGUCAACAUAUUAGCACCGUUAAUAAGGACAAGUCCUUAUCCACAGGAUUUGGGCGCCAUCAAAAUGCUGACAAAGUUAGUUGAAGCUAAUCCCCACCAAAUUACUGAUGAACACUUGCACCAGAUUAUGCCUGGUAUUCUCAAGGGUACUGAUCACAACGAGAGUCCAGUAAGAAAGAGCUCAAUAUUUUGUAUGGUUGCUUUAUACUUGGCCGUUGGCGAAGAGAGGUUCUCCCGAUACAUCAAUUUGUUAUCCAGCAGCAAAGUAAAGCUGUUGAGGCUGUACAUAGGCAGAGCGAAACAAAACAGCAAUUCAGUGCCUACCAGUCCGAAAAAUUCAAGUAACACCGACAGCACCCUCAACGCACUCGACAGCACGCUUGUCGCACCCCGGUAAUUUUUGUGAAUCCCAUGGUUAAAAGAGUAUUGUUAUUGUAUUAUUAUUCAAAGUUUCUGUGUAUAAGUUAAAUUACAACAAAUGAUGUUCAGAUUUUCACAAAUUGUUUAUUGGUGUAUGACAUGUGUCAAAUACAAAUAAAUACAUACAUAAUUUGUAAAAAGCUGUACAUUGUUUGUUCUAAUUUAAAUGGAAGUUCAUCAAGUCAAAACAAGUCUUAUUAUACGGGUCCAAAGGUCACUAAUUAUAUAAAUCAAAUUAGCAAACUCGGAAACUACCGACAUGUUGUGCAAUUGCAAAUUUACCCAAAGAAUGGAAAAACAAUAUUAAACAGUUCAAUUUAUUUUAGCAACUAUCUAAACUAACUGUUAUAUCCUGAUCAUUAUUUCAAGGAAUAAAAGGAAAACGGAAAUGAACAGUGGGAGUCAGUUUAAGGAUUGUAGAGAAAAUUGUGUGUAAAAAAAUAAUUGAAAACUAAAAAGUGUUCAUGAAAACUUUUGUUUAAAGUUAUAAACAACUUUAAAGACUCUCAGUCGCUUUAAAAUCUGAGAAGUCUGAGACUCAAUGUAUUUUGGCAAAGACCUACAUGUUUUUUAUUUGUCCCACGAUUUUGCCCCAGCUCAUAUUAUAUUGGUAUAGUUAAUAUAAUCUCAUAACUAUGUUCUCGCAUCUAUAGCAUAAAUUAUAGUUUUUUAAUGGAUUUUGUCAUUGAAAGGAGUUCCCAUUUCAGCAUAUUUGGUAAAGAAGUGUGAUUCUGUUGUUCAAGCCACUAAUAAAUGUGAGUUUUCUGCCAAGGCGAACUGGGUUAAAUUAGAACAAAAAAUGUUCAGUAUUUCACAGUUUUUAAUGAUCAAAUCAAAAAUCAAAUGUAUUUGGAUUUGGAGAAAUGGAUUUUCAUCAAGUAAAAGCCACCUCAGUCCAAUUAUGAACUGGGUUAUUUCUUUAAAAUUCUUGAAAGAUUGCAGUAUUUCAGAAGGCGCUUUACAAUACAAUUAAUGAUGAAGCAUCCAAAUUUGUUAUCAGUUUUUCUUUUAGCUGUUUUUCAUUUAACAGUUGAUAUUUUCACAUUAGUCCAAAAUUUUUGAUGUGGAAUAAAAAAUUAAAUUUGCACCUGAAAUAAAUUUUGUUCAACAACCAGCAUGCAAAAUAAUGAACUAUUUUUCCAUGCCACACUUCCUUGGUCAAAAUUUUGAACCACUUCCAUUGGAAAGUAUUCAUGUUUCAUCUGAAACUACCAUUUUAAUACACUUUUAUAUCUAAUUUUUACUAUAUUUCUUUAAAAAUUGAACACGUUCUCACUAUCUCUGGCUGUUCACAUAAAAAUCUUCGGUUAGCAAAACACUUAAGUUUUUUAAAGUUUUGUUUCAAAAGUUGAAGUGUUACAUCGGUUUUUGAUCUAUAUAAAUCAUAAUUCACAUUCCGAACUUCCAUUAUCACAUCUCCCUUUAAAUCUUCAAUUUUUGGUUUUCUUCAUUUACAUUUUUUAAUCUUCUUAUAUUAUAUUGUGCCUUUUUCGUACACAAUUUAAUGCACCGUCUGUAAACUGAUUCCCAGUGCUUUCGCUCCUAUUUCCUAGAUAAUGGUUGCCGAUUUUCCACGUUCUCUGUCAUUUUCAAAAUAGUAUUAAAUAUUAAGCCAUUGCUUUUGACUUGGGGCCCAAAAAAACAAAAAAAAAAAAAUUUCGAUGGUGCAAUUAAACAAGGUAAAGGAAAAACUCUCGUGAAAGUUUGUCUCGCUAAUAAAUUGUAAGACCCGCUGGAUAGGACAGGUUGUGACUAUAUCUUUGUGAUGAAGUUUCAGUAAUGUUUAUAUUGUUCUUUUUAAAAACCUAAGUGUAAGGUCAAAACUAAUUUAUUACUGUUAUAGCGAUCUAUUUUGUUCAUUUUUCUUAAAUUAUUUUAAGUGUUACUGUAAAUAUUUUCUUACAAUGUAAUUAACCAUAAUACAUGUAUGACCAUGGCUUAAUAUUAAUUGCUUAGUGUUUGUUUUCUUACCAUGUCGCGUUCUAUCAGAUUCCCGGUUGUAUUUCUGUUACAUAAAAGUCUAUAUCUCAAAAUGAUUGGAGUCAACUGUGGUAUUAUACAUAAGCUAUUUACUUUAUUGACGGUUUUUAAGCUUCCAAUUUAAAACAGAAUUUUUUCUUUGAUUUUUUUGAAACUUGCAUUUAUACCCAAUAAUGGAAAUUAAAGAUUUUUUUGAUAAAAUAA